AUGGCGACCGGAUUCGACCUUCGACUGCCACAGCCUCUCGACUGCGCGAAUUUAGCCAAAGAAUGGCCUCGUUGGAAGCAGGCAUUCGGAAUUUACUUAAGGGCAAACAAUAAAAUGUCGGAAAGCGAAGAAAAUAAAAUCGCCGUUUUCCUAUGGCUGAUUGGACCUCGCGGUGUCGAAAUUUUCAACACAUUAUACCCAGAAAAAGCAAGUGCCGAUAAUCUUUUUGGUAUUGGUGGCAACGAUGAAGAUGCUGCCUUCGGUGAUGCGGUCGAGAAUGUAGUGAAUGAACAGGUGCUCACACUUGCAGACGUUAUCGCCUCGUUCGACGACUAUUGCCUUCCACGUAAGAACAUUGCGAUGGAGGCAUUCAAAUUCAACACGAUCGCACAAAAGGAGAGACAAACAUUCACCGAGUUUGAAACGGAACUUCGCACACAGAUACAGUACUGUGAGUUCAAAUGCCAUCAAUGUCAAACGUCUUAUUCUGAUCGCAUGCUACGCGAUCGGAUAAUCAUUGGCAUACAGGAUAAGAAACUGCAAAUGAAACUGCUUGAUGGACGAGAUGACCCGCUGACAAAAAUCGUUGAAACCUGUAAGGUGUUCGAAGCGGCUUCGGAGAAUAAGCUUAUACUUGACCGCAAAGUGAAUUCGCUAGAAAUAAAACCAGUUGAGUCGCAAUUGGACAAGGGACAAAAAGAGAUAGCUGUCAUCACUCGGAAACAUUGUUUCAAUUGUGGGAGACCGUUCAACCAAAACCAUCGUCGUAGCUGCCCAGCUGUUAAUGUGAAAUGUUUUGCUUGUGGUGGUGCAGGCCAUUUCAGUAAAUGCUGCCGUCGUAAGCUGGAAAAGGAGGAAAACAAUACGAAGCAACCGAUGAAACCCGAACCUUUUAACAAACCGAAGUCAGUGUUAACGGUAAAUUGGAGUGACGCAGGUGAGUGUCCUUUCACAGAUAAGGUUAGCAAUGCAUGUGUGAGCGAUCCUAACAAAAAUAUUGAUUUGUAUAGAAUAAAUUCAACUGGUCAUAGCGGUGGGAGUUCAUGGGCAUGGCACAAGCUUUACCGUGUAGGUGACAUAGAAGUACGAUUCAAACUAGACACCGGCGCUGAUGUAAAUUGUAUACCGAUCGAUGUUGUUAAUAAAGUUGGCGUGGCGGUUCAAAAUGUAAACAAUGCUCAUGUUCUCGAUUAUAGUUCUAAUAAAAUUAAAAUUCAUGGGAUGGUAAAUUUGACUUGCGCCGAUCCUGCAAAAGGCUGUAUUCACACUGCUCGGUUUUUGGUGGUCGAUUCUAAUCUCGAGCCUUUGUUGGGUCUGCAGUCUUGCGUUGAUUUUGGGUUGAUCAGUCGCUUGAGCAGGGUUCAGCUACCCAUUUGUGUUCCCAAAGAUAAAGCCGAAUUUGUUGAUAAAUACCGUGACAUUUUUGAGGGGUUAAGAAAAAUCCGUGGCAAGUGUUCGAUAGUUCUAAAAGAAAAUUCCAUACCGACGUUAUUCUACAGAAAGCGCAUUCCUUUUGCUUUACACGACAGAAUUAAAACCGAACUGAAAAAAAUGGAGGAACAAGGAAUUAUUGCAUACGUUGACUAUCCUACUGAUUGGGUCAGUAACAUGCAAGUGGUGGAAAAACCUAACGGUGCAUUACGAAUUUGUCUUGAUCCGAAAGCAUUAAACUCAUGCAUCAAACGUGAACAUUAUCUAAUCCCUACACAGCAGGAUUUGUUUAGUCGUCUCUCGGGUAAACAAGUUUUUACAGUGCUCGACUUAAGUAGUGGUUUUUGGCAAAUGGAACUGGACCGAGAAAGUUUUGACUUGACUACAUUUAUGACUCCAUUUGGACGCUAUCGCUGGACCCGUGUUCCGUUUGGACUCAACAAUGCCCCGGAAAUGUUCCAGCGUAGGAUGGUGCAGAUUUUUGGGGAUAUUUCGGGUGUGGAGAUAUACUUCGAUGAUAUGGCUAUUGCUGGAACUGAUGAAGCUGAACAUGACGAUAUUUUAUCGCAAGUUAUUCAACGUGCUCGGGAAAAUAACAUAAAAUUCAACAUGAAUAAGUUGCAGUUUCGUACGAAUCGUGUUAAAUUUAUGGGAAACAUGAUUGGCAAUGGGGAAGUACAUCCUUUGGAGAAAGAUGUGAAGGCAAUCACCGAAAUGCAAAGGCCGAAGAAUGUUGCGGAUGUUACACGAUUCCUGGGUCUAUGCAAGUAUUUAGCUAAAUUCAUUCCGAAUCUUUCCCAGCGAACAUCGAAUCUCCGUAAGCUGACUCAUAGUGGCGUUGCGUGGGAUUGGGGUGAAAUACACGAACAAGAGAUGACUGAUCUUUUGACGACGAUUUCCAAAGAACCAGGUCUGGCUAUUUACGAUCCAAAAAAACCAUGCACUAUUCAGACAGAUAGUUCAAAAGAUGGCUUGGGUUGUGUCUUACUGCAAGAUCAUGGUCCUGUAGCGUUUGCAUCGAGAACGUUAACCAAGAGUGAGCAGCGAUGGGCCCAAAUUGAGAAAGAAUUACUGGCGGUAGUAUUCGCGUGCAAUAGGUUUCAUUUCUUCAUUUACGGUCGAGAGUUUGUGGUUCAGUCAGAUCAUAAACCGCUUGAAACUUUGAUCAAAAGAAAUAUUGAUGAUGUAACGCCUCGUCUUCAGCGCAUGAUUCUAAUACUGCUCAAAUAUCCCGGGCUGUCUCUGGUGUAUACUCCGGGUAAGAAUUUGUUGGUAGCCGAUUGUCUCUCGAGAGCUGCUCUUCCGGAAACGGGUGAAGUUCAAGAAGAUCUAGAGUAUGCUGUUCAUGCUCUUGUUAAAAAGGCUUGUAUGUCCCAGGACAACUUCAACUUGUACAUAGAAAGACUGAAUCAAGAUGAACGUUAUUUGCGCAUUAUUAAAUACGUUGAAAGUGGAUGGCCGCCAUACCACAAACUGGACGAUUUGAGCCAGCUGUUCCAUAAGUAUCGUGAAGAGCUUGAUUUUGAAAAUGGGCUUCUCUUCAAAGAUCACCGCUUGGUAAUUUCUACAGGACUGCAGAAAACUAUAUGUCAGUGGCUGCACGCACCGCACUUGGGAACUGAGAAGACUUUAUCUCGAGCGAGAGUACAAUUUUUUUGGCCUGGAAUGACCAAUAACAUAAAGGAAAUAACCACGAACUGUUUGGUAUGCGAGAAAUUUCGGCGAAACAACCAAAAGGAGCCACUCGUUCAGGAUCCAUCGCCUGAAUAUCCAUUCCAUCGUGUUUCGACGGACAUCUAUGAAUAUGGUGGUCGUGACUGGGUUGUAAGUCAACCUGUUGACAGAGUUCAACCUGAAAGUCCGUCCUGUCACAUUCGUCUCGGUAUAAAUCAAGCGCCAGAAACGUCGUCUACUGAAAGUAGUCCAUCAAGUGUAGGUUCGUCCCCUGUGCAUGUAAAUACACCUACGGUUGAAAGUCCUCUUAUAGCUUCACGGCGGAUUAAGCGUGAACCCAUUGAUCCAUUGUCGGAACAGGAAGUGAAAUAUCAUGAACCCCGCUACGAAAGCUGUCCCUCGCCUUUGCUUGAAGCUGAACCUGAGCGUGAAUUGCUCGAAUCACAAGGCUCACAUGCAACCCGUAGUGGUCGCAUGAUUGUUAGACCAGAUCGUUUUGGACAAUGGCUAUACUAA